UGCAAAUGCAACGUGUUCCCCGCCCGAAUAAUCAAUUGGCAAUUUGAAGAAGGAAACGUUUGUCGUUAUUAUCACGUCAUCGGCCGUCGGCAGAUUGAUUUCCACUUCCCCAAGUCGGUUGUCAAUCGGUUUGAAAAACCUCGAAAUCUCGCCGCUCCGGUCACUUCCCAGAACUCGGAGAGGAGGAAGCCGACGGUCAUGGAGUCGUCGCCGCCAUCACCGGCAGUGGAACCAGUUAACUUCGGGAGAUCACUCAUUGUGCCCAGUGUUCAAGAACUCGCAAAGGAAUGCAAUGAAAAGCUUCCUCCGAGGUACGAAAGGCCCCAAAUCGAACCGCUCGUCGUCUCCGGUGACCUAGAUUGGACGGUUCCAGUGAUUGAUCUUCAAAAACUUGCUUCCGGUGACGAAAGUUCAAUGGAUUCCGAUUCUGAGUUGGGGAAUUUGCACUCUGCUUGCAAAGAUUGGGGAUUCUUCCAGGUUGUGAAUCAUGGAGUUAGUAUAACAUUGCUAGAGGAAUUGAGGGUUGAGGUUGAGAAUCUGUUCCAACUCCCAUACGAGGAGAAGAAGAGGAAGCAACUGUGGCAGCAGCCCGAUAACCACGAGGGUUUCGGGCAGCUGUUUGUGGUUUCGGAAGAGCAGAAGCUAGACUGGAAUGAUAUGUUCUACAUAACUACUCUGCCUAGCCAUAUUCGACAGAACGAGCUAUUCGACAAGCUCCCUCACAAGUGCAGGUUGAAUGAAUGAAUGAAUCUCUUGGAUGUUCUGAUGUAUGAACAGUUCAGGCAAUUGCAUUUGUGUGUGUGUUUGCAAUUCUGCAGAGAGACGGUAGAAGCUUACUCUAUGGAGAUGAGAAAGCUGGCACUGAAGAUUUUGAGUCACAUGUCAAGAGCUUUAGGAAUGGAUGUCAAUGAAAUGGAGGACCUGUUCACGAAUGGAGUCCAGUCAAUCAGGAUGAACUACUAUCCACCGUGUCCCGAACCCAACAAGACCAUUGGAUUUACUCCGCAUUCUGAUGCUGAUGCCUUGACGAUUCUCUACCAGCUGAACGAGACUGAAGGGCUGCAGAUUCGCAAGGACGGGAAAUGGGUUCCCAUCAAACCUCUUUCAAAUGCUUUUGUGGUUAACGUUGGGGACAUCAUGGAGAUUGUGAGCAAUGGAGUUUAUCGGAGCAUUGAACACAGGGCAGCAGUGAAUUCCACAAGGGAGAGGCUGUCAGUUGCAACGUUCUACAGCUGCAAGUUGGAUUGUACUUUGGGGCCUGCUCGUAGCCUCGUCGGGCCACGAAAUCCACCGGCGUUUCAGCAAGUUCCGGUGGAGGAUUACUUCAAGGAGUUCUUUGCUCGAAGAUUGAACGGGAAGUCUUACCUCGAGUUCAUGAGGAUAGUUGACAAAUGACAGAGUUCUUCGAAUG